GAAAUCAGGAACAAUUCCUAUUUACCUCUGAAACACUAUUACAAUUUUCCCAGUCUAUACCAGCAUCAUUGUGUGCCCUGUUCUUAAAUUUUAAUAUUUCCUCACAAGCACUGAAGAUUUUGUUGACAGAAUGUCAGGCUCAGUUGAAAAUAUUAGAAUUGCAUCAAAUACAAAAUAAAGAAUAUGAAUUGUUUUCCACACUAAUUCAGUACACCAAGGAAAACAAAAAUUUGAAGGAGCUGAAGCUAUAUUUGGCCCAUAGUCUUAGAUAUACUGAAACUGUCAAUCCCAACGUUUUGGAGAAUGCAAAGAAUUAUUUGACAAUCAUUAAGCAGGAGACAAAAAAUAUCUACAACCUUUGGUAA